GCGCGAAUUGUUAAACUCGCUGUCUUCAAGCCUUCACUUUUAUUUAUUAUUUUUAUUUUUCUAUUUUUUUUUUUUCUGUUUUGCGGUGUGACAAUGAAAGUGAUUUUGGUCUUGCUAUGGCUAAUAGCCGGCGUUUGGUCGCAGAGCGAGGAACUGGGCUGCAUUUGGUAUGGCCAGAGUCAUAUGAUCGGUGCCCACUGGCAGAAUCUGGCGGAUACUCGGCCAGCAAGACCGCUGAAUAGUCCAACGGCGGAGGCGAUUUUCGCCAAGAGAUGUCCUCUGCUCUACAAGGAGUACAAGGGCGAAAGUGGCGAGGACGAACUGAGUCUCUGCUGUGAUGCUGCCCAGGUGGAGACCAUGGAGUCGGGUCUCUCGCAGGCCGAUGGUGUGUUCUCCAGGUGUCCCACGUGCACCAGGAACAUGGCAUUAACCGUUUGCGCCAUGACCUGUGCCAAGAACCACACUCUCUUCUUGACCGCCUACAAUGCCACGAAUUCGGAUAACCAGGUCUUUGUGGAGUACAUCGACUAUCGAAUCUCGGAUGAAACGGUGCAGGGAGUCUACAACAGCUGCGAAGGGAUACAGCACACCCAAACGGGCCGACCUGCGAUGGAUCUGGGUUGUGGUGGCUACAAUGCCAAGACCUGCAACUACCGCAGAUGGUACGAGUUCAUGGGCGAUGUGAGCGGCGACUAUGUGCCGUUCCAGAUCAACUACAUAUGGUCGGAUGAUGCGGAGGAGGGCUCCGAGGAAAUCUACCUCGAGUUGAGUCCCCUGAAAUGCGGCGAGAGCUACGAGGACAGCUAUGCCUGUGCCUGCAUCGAUUGCGAGGAGUCCUGUCCGCUGACCGAUGCGCCAACGGGUCCCGAAGAGCUCUGGAAAAUCGCCGGACUCUAUGGGGUGACCUUUAUCAUCGCCCUGGUGAUCGGCAUCCUGUUGUCGGGAUUCAUUUGCUGGGGUGCCAUUGGUAGGACUUCGGCGCCCAAUAUCUGCAUGCCCACACUCUUCGGAGAGUUCUUCUACCACGGCUUCCGCGCCUGGGGAACCUUUUGUGCCAAGCAUCCGGUUCUGGUCUUGGCCCUCUGCUCGUGGGCCAUUGCUGGUCUUUCGUAUGGCAUUCGCUACAUGACCAUCACCACGGACCCCGUGGAACUGUGGGCCGGAGAGGACAGCCAGACGAGGAUCGAGAAGGACUACUUUGAUCAGCACUUCGGUCCCUUCUACCGCACCAACCAAAUGUUCAUCAAGGCCAUUAAUCAGACCUAUUUCACUCACGAUGCUCCCAGUGGUUUGCUUCAAUUUGGACCUGCCUUCGAGUACAACUUCCUGAAGGAAGUCUUCGAGCUGCAGGAGGCCAUAAUGAAACUGGGAAUGGAUGAAAACGAGGGCCUGGACAAAAUCUGCUAUGCACCCGUUCUAAUGGCCGGAGAAACGGCCACAAUCGACCACUGUGUUAUCCAGUCAAUCUAUGGGUAUUUCCAGCAUGAUAUGGACAAAUUUGAGAACUCCUAUGUCGAUAGCAACAACUACACAAUCAACUACCUCAAUCAGUUGGAGGAUUGUCUGCGAGUCCCCAUGAUGGAGGAUUGCUUUGGCACAUUUGGCGGACCCAUUGAGCCUGGAAUCGCUGUGGGUGGAAUGCCCAAGGUCGCUGUGGAUGAGGAUCCCGAUUAUAUGCUAGCCACCGGCCUUGUGAUCACCUUCUUGGGCCGCAACCAGAACGAUGAGUCCAAACUGGAGCCCAAUAUGAAGUGGGAGAAGCUCUUCGUGGACUUUUUGGCCGACUACAAAAGCGAGCGAUUGGAUAUUGCCUAUAUGGCCGAAAGAUCGAUUCAGGAUGCCAUUGUGGAGUUAUCCGAGGGAGAAGUGGGCACAGUGGUCAUCAGUUACGUGGUGAUGUUCGUCUACGUGGCCAUAGCUUUGGGCCACAUCCGCAGCUGCUGUGGCUUCCUGAGAGAAUCUCGAAUUAUGCUGGCCAUCGGUGGAAUAGUUAUUGUUAUGGCCUCGGUCGUCUGCAGCUUGGGCUUUUGGGGUUACCUGAAUGUAACCACCACAAUGCUGGCCAUCGAAGUGAUUCCGUUUUUGGUGCUGGCCGUCGGAGUGGACAACAUCUUCAUAAUGGUGCACACGUACCACAGGCUGGAUCACUCGAAAUUCGCAACCACCCAUGAAGCGAUUGGCGAGGCAAUUGGCCAAGUGGGUCCUUCGAUUCUCCAGACGGCGGGCAGUGAGAUAGCCUGCUUUGCCAUUGGUUGCCUAUCCGAUAUGCCUGCGGUCAAGACAUUCGCCAUGUACGCUGCCACCGCCCUUUUGUUGGACUUUCUGCUCCAGAUCACCGCAUUUGUGGCUCUGAUGGCCAUCGAUGAGAAGCGUUACUUGGACGGCAGACUGGACAUGCUGUGCUGUGUGAAGAGCGGUGGCAAGAAUGCCAGGAACGAUGGCGAAGACGGCGUGAAUAAAUCCAAGGAAGCAGGAGUGCUGGAGAGCUUGUUCAAGAACUUUUACACACCCUUUCUGUUGUCCAAGCCCGUUAAAGUGUGCGUUCUGCUGGUCUUUACCGUAGUCACCUGCCUUUCACUCAUGGUAAUACCCUCCAUCGAGAAGGGACUCGAUCAGGAGAUGUCCAUGCCCACGGACUCGCAUGUGGUUAAGUAUUUCCGCUACAUGGUCGACCUGCUGGCGAUGGGAGCUCCGGUUUACUGGGUCCUCAAGCCCGGACUCAACUACUCGGAUCCGCUGCAACAGAAUCUCAUCUGCGGCGGCGUCGAGUGCAACAACAAUUCACUGUCCGUGCAGCUGUACACGCAGUCCCGCUAUCCGGAAAUCACGGCAUUGGCGAGACCGGCUUCAUCCUGGCUAGAUGACUACAUCGAUUGGCUGGCCAUCGUCGAUUGCUGCAAGUACAAUGUGACCACCGGCGGAUUCUGUUCCAGCAACUCCAAAAGCGAGGAUUGUCUGCCCUGUGAGCGCACAUUUACAGAAAAUGGUUUAAGACCUGAUGCCGAGACUUUCAACAAGUAUGUGCCGUACUUCCUGUUCGAUUUGCCAGAUGCCGAGUGCGCCAAAGCCGGAAGAGCCUCAUAUGCAGACGCUGUCAUUUACACCAUCGAUGAUGAGGGAAUGUCCACUGUGGGGGACACCUAUUUCAUGCAGUACUCCACAACGUCGACCACCUCCGAAGAGUUCUAUUCGCAGCUGCGUGAAGUGCGAAGAAUCGCGGGGGAGAUCAACUCCAUGUUUGCGGAGAAUGGCGUCGACGCAGAGAUCUUUGCCUACUGCGUAUUCUAUAUCUACUACGAACAGUAUCUCACGAUCUGGGAGGACGCCAUGUUUUCGCUCGGAAUGUCCCUGCUGGCCAUCUUUGUUGUUACCCUUUUGAUCACUGGACUGGACAUCACGUCCACGCUUAUCGUUCUCUUCAUGGUAGUCUGCAUAUUGAUCAACAUGAUGGGACUGAUGUGGGCGUGGAACAUUAUCCUGAACGCCAUAUCGCUGGUCAAUCUGGUGGUUUGCGUCGGCAUUGGCGUGGAGUUCGUGGCGCACAUUGUGAGAUCCUUCAAGCGGGCUGAGGGAACUGCCCAGGAGCGGGCUCAGCACUCCCUAAAUGUGACAGGAAGUAGUGUCCUUUCGGGCAUUACACUCACUAAAUUCGCGGGAAUCGUUGUCCUGGGCUUCUCCAACUCGCAGAUCUUCCAGGUCUUCUACUUCCGAAUGUAUCUGUUAAUUGUCCUGGUUGGAGCGGCCCACGGUUUGAUCCUGUUGCCGGUUUUGCUGAGUCUCCUCGGACCGCUCAACAAAUUGGCCAGAGGUUCGAGUGCCGAUCCAAUUACAACCACCACAAUGGAAUAAUUUAAAUAGGAGAAAUAAAAAUACAUCUGUAGUCUGUAGAGUGUGUGCCUGCCUGUGUGUGCCUGAAAAUCUUGCGUGUGCCUGACUAAAAUCUGUUUGAUUUAACGAGCUUUUGUCCAAAUGGUCGAACAAAAUUGAUAAAAUUGUAUGAUUAAUCAAAUAAUUUUGCUACACUUUAAAUCGCCCUUGCUUAAAUUGUUGAAAAUAUUUUAAGUUCCAAGUAAACCGGAAGUCUAACCCACCCCUUUGUAAAAGAUUUUGUAAGCCCCUUUUUUUUAUUGUCUAUUCUAAAAAGUAUUAAUAAAGAUAAUUUCUUUUUUAAGCUGUA